GUACAUUCUUGGUUCAAAUCCUUGUAUAUAAACUGAGAGAAAUUGCAUGCUCCCAAGCAAUAAUUAAGUACAGCAAGAAACCGAAAAUGGGGGAUUUGAAGCACUUUGUUUUAGUUCAUGGAGCCUGCCAUGGGGCUUGGUGCUGGUACAAGCUUGUCACCCUGCUCAAACAGCUCGGUCACAGUGUCACUGCUUUGGACCUCGGCGCUUGUGGGGUCAACCCCAAGCAGCUGAUGGAGAUCAUUUCUAUUUGGGACUAUAUGCAACCGUUGAUGGAGUUCAUGGCAUCUCUCCCUCAAGGAGAGACGGUGAUUUUGGUUGGUCACAGCUACGCCGGCCUCUGUAUCUCUCUGGCCAUGGAGAGCUUCCCGGAAAAAAUUUCAGUGGCAGCUUUUCUCACCGCCUAUAUGCCAAAUUUAGAGUCUCCACCGGGAACUCUCAUACAAGAAUACUUCAAAAGGAACCCUGCAGAAUCCUUAUUGGAUUGCCAGUUUUCAGAGGAAUCAACAAGCUUUGGCCCGGAUUAUAUGAGGACCAAGCUAUACUCCCAUUGCCAAUCAGAGGACCUGGAACUGGCCAGCAUGUUGAUAAGGCCAACGAGGGUGUUCUUGGAAGACCUUGUCAAGGAGUGUAUGCUGACAAAGGAGAAAUACGGGUCAAUCAAUCGGGUUUUUUUAGUUUGCGAAGAUGAUGAAGCGAUGCCGGAAGAUUUUCAGCGUUUGAUGAUUGAGAAAAGCCCUCCUCAGGAAGUGAAUUUGAUUAGAGGAGCUGGCCAUAUGGUCAUGCUCUCAAAGCCCAAGCAACUUUGCCAAAUGUUACUCGAAGUUGCUGGGAGAUAUCAGUAAAUAAACUCUAGUAAACAUCGGGAUUUCGUUCAAUAGGACUAUAGGAGUACUGCUCUAGAUCUAUUGCACUGUCAUCUGCAAUAGACUUUUUGUUUUGUGCGAUAUCUAAAACCGUAGUACUAUAGAAUGAUAGGUAAGCUCGGGUUUUGAUUCCUUGAAUAUGUGAAUAAAUUUUACCAAGAAAAGUAAUUGGAGGAAUUCCAAUUCCAAUUCCAAUGAUAGGUAAGCUCGGGUUUUGAUUCCUUGAAUAUGUGAAUAAAUUUUACCAAGAAAAGUAAUUGGAGGAAUUCCAAUUCU